UGGACCAUGGUCCGGCCAUGGGCUCUAGUCCCAGUAGAUAGGAAAAGAAGUCGUCAUUUCCGGGGGCCUUCACCAGAGCUUGGUGGCUCUCUGCUCUCUGAUUGGGCGGAAAUGGCCUGGGCAGGCUUGUGACCCUACUACAGAGGAGGGGCAGCACCCCAACCAGUGUCUUCCUAUCUACUUGCUUCCCCAGAGUGCUGCCUGCUGUGCAACUGGGUCCUGAAGCCCUUCUCCACCCGGACAGAUUCCUUGGCCCACCUCUCCCCCACCCCGCUCUGUGCAGAAGUGCAGAAGCCCAAGCCGCCUCCAUGGCCCCAGGAAAGAUUCAGGGGAGAGGCCCCAUACAGGGAGCCACUUCAGUUAGAUACCCUGGCCAGAAUGGAGCUGACUGAUUUGCUCCUGGUGGCCAUGCUUCUCCUCACCGCAAGACUAACUCUGUCCAGCCCUGUUCCUCCUGCCUGUGACCCCAGACUCCUAAAUAAACUGCUGCGUGACUCCCACCUCCUUCACAGCCGACUGAGUCAGUGUCCUGACGUCAACCCUUUGUCUAUCCCUGUCCUGCUGCCCGCUGUGGACUUUAGCCUGGGAGAAUGGAAAACCCAGACGGAACAGAGCAAGGCACAGGACAUUCUAGGGGCAGUGUCCCUUCUACUGGAGGGAGUGAUGGCAGCACGAGGACAGUUGGAACCCUCCUGCCUCUCAUCCCUCUUGGGACAGCUUUCUGGGCAGGUUCGCCUCCUCUUGGGGGCCCUGCAGGGCCUCCUAGGAACCCAGCUUCCUCUACAGGGCAGGACCACAGCUCACAAGGACCCCAGUGCCCUCUUCAUGAGCCUGCAACAGCUGCUGCGGGGAAAGGUGCGCUUCCUGCUUCUGGUAGAAGGUCCCACCCUCUGUGUCAGACGGACCCUGCCAGCCACAGCUGGCCCAAGCAGAGCUUCUCAGCUCCUCACACUAAACAAGUUCCCAAACAGGACUUCUGGAUGGUUGGAGACGAACUUCAGUGUCACAGCCAGAACCACUGGCCCUGGACUUCUGAACAGGCUUCAAGGAUUCAGAGCCAAGAUUAUUCCUGGUCAGCUAAAUCAAACCUCCGGGUCCCCAGACCAAAUCCCUGGGUACCUGAACAGGACACACGGACCUGUGAAUGGAACUCAUGGGCUCUUUGCUGGAACCUCACUUCAGACCCUGGAAGCCUCAGACAUGGCACCAGGAGCCUUCAACAAAGGCUCCCUGGCACUCGACCUCCGGGGUGGACUUCCUCCUUCUCCGCGCCUUGCUCCUGAUGGACACACACUCUUCCCUCCCUCCCCAACCUUGCCUACCCAUGGAUCUCCACCCCAGCUCCACCCCCUAUUUCCUGACCCUUCUUCUACCGCCAUGCCUAACUCUACCGGCCCUCAUCCAAUCACAAUGUACCCUCAUUCCAGGAAUUUGUCUCAGGAAGCAUAGCACGUACUGGCACAGUGAGCAUCUGCAACAUCUCUCAGGGACAAGCUUCCCCAGGAAGGCUGAGAGGCAGCCGCGGCUGCUCUAGAUGCCCUGCUUUCACCUAAAGGCCCUGGGGAAGGGAUGUACAGGACUGGAGAUUGUAAAAUUUUAGGAGCUAUUUUUUUUUUUUUAACCUAUCAGCAAUAUUCAUCAGAGCAGCUAGCGAUCUUUGGUCUAUUUUCAGUAUAAAUUUGAAAAUCACUAAUUCUCUAUAUGUGCUUUCAUAACAUUAAGUCUGCAAAUGCCUAGGCUGGUCUCGCCUUUUAUCAGAAAACAAAAGGGAACUUUCCUUUGCUUCAAGUUUAAGCCUCCCCCACCCCACCCCACACCCACCCCCCCACUCCACCCCCACAAUGCCCUCAUUCCCUUCACUGUAAUUCUCAAGAGAUACUGCUCUUGAUAAAGAAUUAACAGGUUAUCUCUUAGAAAGACUGUCCCUACUUAGGGACAAAACUGAACCUGUAAGAGAAUAACUGAGAGCACUCAAAAGCCAAUUAAAACUCAGGGACCAGUGUUCUUCACUGGGACAAUAGAGCUCCUGGACCCGACCCCCCAAGAAAGCUAACCGGAAGCCUGGGAACUCCACCCCCCAGGUAAGGCUGUGCAGAUGGCUCAGUAAAGAGCAGACUUGGAUGUGGCAGCUGAGCAAAGAGUUAGAGCAUCAGCAGCUCAGCAGGAGCUCAUCCAGGCCUGGGCUCCUGCUUCCCUCCUGUGGAGGUCAGGCGGAAGUGCAGGAAGUGGCAAGAGGCAGGCUCCACAGCAGGCUCACACAGCAGGACAAGCACAGAGUGGUUGAAGGCUCUUUACAAUUUCCACAAGUGCAUCUAAAAAGCAGCCCUGUGUGACCACCCCAAAGUUUAUUGGAAACCUCCCCCCGCCCCCCGAAAUGAAGGCAGUUAUGAGAAGACU